AUGUAUAAUAGUUUUAUUAAUAAUAAUAACGACAAUAAUAAAAUACCUGCUAAUAUCGAAUUUAGUAAGCAGCAGAGCGAAUGGAAUUCUAAAGAUUCCACUGUUUUUCCAACAUCGUAUUAUAAUCCUUCUUCCGACCCUGCUGCUAUUCAUAAUGUAAAUAAUUCUAAUCAAGAAAAUAAUACACAUGUACAAUCAUCUCAUCCACAAUAUGAUGGUGAUGAAGAAGACGAGGAAGUGGAAAUAAAUGUUGAAUUAGCUUCAAUGUUAGAAAAAUGCAAUCGAGCAUAUGAAUGUCCAACAGUUAAAAUGAACUUAAUGAAAGAUCAAUAUGAACGUCGAUUAACUGAUUUAAACAGUGAAUGUACAAAUUUACAAAAUAUUUCUCAAAGAGAUUUAAAGAAAACUAAAGAACAAGAAAAUGAAAAUGACCAAUUAACUGAUGUUGAAGUUCCCAUUCUUCGUAGCCGAAUGCAAUGGUUUAAAUAUGGUGAAUGUGUCGCUCAAUUUUGUGGGUCUUGUAAACAACAUUUUGAUCUCUUAUUACCUUUACCAUUGAACUGUUCUUCAUUAGGUCCAAUAAAUUCUGAAGAUGAUGAAGAAGAACAAGAAGAACAACAUGAUGAUGAUGAAGAGUUGGACGAAAAGGAAUAUGAUAAUGUACAUACUGACUUUUGGAAAAUAGGUGAUUAUUUUAAAAUCAGUGAUUUCAUCUCAAUUAACCAAUUUGCUAGUUGGUCUACUUCAAUUGUUCGCCUUGGUGAAUGUAAACUAUUAUUCAAUGUCCAAAAAUCAUAA